AUGUUCCUUAUGAAUGCGUCUCCUUUGGUAGCUCUUCAGACAAAAUGGGAAUCCUUUGGACCAGCAAGGAAUUGUAGAUACCCUGUUUGCUUCUCCGAGUCUGAAGGGGACGUCACUAGAACCUCUGUAAGUGCGAAAGUUCAGAUGAUCAUAAACAACCUGCAAAGCCAAGAGUGUCCCCUGGGUAUGAACAAUGAGUAUGAUUGUAUUAUGCAGAAGAAACAAAAGGGAGAAAAGGGCACUAGUAACAGAGUCAAUUCUAGUGCCACGUUGCUACGGAAGCAUCCUCAGUACACCAAGUGCAGUUGCCCUGCUGAUUCAGAUGACACUGAAGUGGAAGAGAACGUGGGGUUUGGGACUCUCUUGCUUGAUUCUGAUAGCGAUGAUUCUGUUGACCGGGGGAUAGAGGAGGCCAUUCAAGAGUACUUGAAAGCAAAAAGCAAAAGAGAGCAAAGGAAUGCGGAGCGAUCUGAAAACCUAAGUAGAGACAAAAGGUUUAAGAGGGAAUUCUCCCAGAACAAAAUGGCUGGUAACCUUCUGCCUGUCAAAUUUAAAGCUGAGAUGCUCUCUGAAGAGUACCUGUCUGACCACCUGGGAAUUGGCAAAAGGCUGCAACCUGCAUCCCCUCAGAGCAUCAGUAGUGAUGACUCUUUUGAACAGAGCAUACAAGCUGAAAUAGUGCAGUUCUUGAAUGAGAAGAAGCAGCAAGAAAUCAGUAAAUGUGUGAUUGGGGAGGAUAAAAAAGAUUCUCCUGUGAGAACGGUCCUAAAAUGCAACAAGGAAACACCAAACCCACCAGACUGUGGUGCCCUGAGGCAAGGGUGUAACGCGCUCCUCUUGAGCAAGCUGCAGAAAACAAGCACGCAGUCCAAAUGUCUGCAGCCUAAAAUCCGAGAAGAACCCAGUGAUUUCAGCCAGGUGGACCAAGCCUAUCUAGAAAUGGCCACUGUCAGCCAGCCCUGGAUAGUGGAGCAAAGUGAAGAAAGUGGAGCUAAUUCCUGGGAGACGAGGGGAGCGCUUAGGAACGAGAGCGCGCACACGUCUGACUCCAGUAGUGAUGAUGGCAUCGAAGAAGCCAUUCAGCUUUAUCAGCUGGAGAAAAUCAGGAAAGAGGCAGCUCAUGGAACAAACUGUGUCCCUUUGCAGAGGGAGCAAUUUGAUGCAAAGGGUAUGGCAGACAUUUCUGCAAGCCUGACUAUUAGCUCCACAAAAAGUGCCUCACCAGAAAUCCAUAAAAGCCCCGUAGGCAGCAAGAGAAAAGGAACUAAUUCCAAGUCAACAGAAUUAGAAAGCACCAGCAAUGAAUUUAACAAGCUGUUUAAACCACUGAAAAAAGCCAGACAUUUUGCACCUCCAGAAAACAAGAUUGCUGCUUGUGAGCUCACGUUGCAGGCCUCUUGCAGAGCAGACUCCUCUGCAGAACUCAUGUGUGCAGAAGCUAUCCUUGAUAUUUCCAAAACAAUUAUGCCAUCCCAAAUGGGAAGUGACAACAAAUCACUCGCUGCAGACUCAUUCUUUUCUCCCCAGCUUCUCUCCUCGCCCCACUGUGAAAGUGACAGCAGCCUUGUGGACAGUGAUGAUAGUAUAGAGCAAGAAAUCAGGGCUUUUUUGGCUCUGAAAGCACAGUCCAAAAGCCUUGGAUCAAAGCCUUCCAGCCUGUCACACUCAAUCCAGACGCCUUUGCCUUCUGAUCGAAACAGCCUCACAGGCACCCUUGAGCCUUCUCUUCCCAAAACACUGCAACUAUCACUGUGUCCUAAGAGGAGACUUAAAAGGGAAGACAGAAUGGCAAAACAAGGUGCAUCAAAACUACCUGAACAGUUGGAGACAGGACUUUUCCAGCCAGGUAACUACUCAAAAUUCCCUGUGCUCCAAGAGGCAUGUGCCUUGAGCAGCCCUGCAGAACUCAGUGGUGCUCAAAGGCAGCAGCAGCCAAUGUCUUCCGAAUUACCUGGGUCUGUUGGCAGAUGUGUGGCCAUCUCUGUAAACCCUUUUAUGCAGGUUCAGAGCAGCACAAGAAAGCUCAUGAAAAAUCCCACCCCGACUCAAGAGAGGGAUGGUUCGGAUGAUGAGAGCAGUUCUCUGGACAGUGAUGAGGACCUUGAUAGUGCCAUCAAGGACCUUUUACGGUCUAAAAGAAAAUUAAAGAAGAAAUCCAAGGACCAGAAGUCUCAGUGCAAGAAGAGAGUCAGGUUCAGCGAGGCAGAAACUCCGCUGCUUGAUGAAUUCAGUAGCUUCCAACAGAAUGAGUGCAAGUGUAAAAAUCCCGUGCUACUGAAAAGCUGCCUCUCAAAACCUAGAAAAGCUGUGAAAGAAAAUGCAAUGAGAAACCCUUCAGAGAGCAUAAAUGUCAAACUUUCCAAUGAAAAACCAGAAGCCACAAAGAACCUGGAGUCUGAGUUGCAGCUUAAAAAAGGAUAUAAACCUAAGCCUGUUUCAAACCAGAGUAACCUGCGGGUGGCUAAAAAUAGACAAUGUUCUUUCAGAGCUGCAUCAGAUGCUGAUGACAGCAGUUCAGUGGACAGUGAUGACAGUAUUGAACAAGAAAUUAGGAGGUUUUUGGCAGAAAAGGCUAAAGACUCUGCAAGCAGUUCAGAGGUGCAAAAAGAUGAGGCAGCUCUGGACCUGUUGAGAGUGACCAAACCAAUGGCUAAUAAAGGAAAAGCCAAGCAACAGCCAGUUGAAAGUGAGAUUGAGCUCAUGUUGGGUCAGAGUAAAAGGACUGAGGUGUCUCAGCAAACUGAGGAGUUGAAGAACUCUCAGAGAACAGAAGGGAAAAGUGCAAUGUUACCUGGCAGUGGGAAAUCUGUUUCCUCUGCAGAGAAUGUUAAUUGUCAGACUACUGGUCAGUCAAAAGCCAAGCAAGGACUGGUGGGGGUUAAAGGUGUUGCUGGUGGUGAGUUGUCUGGAAACACAACAGGUAAAAAGGGUGUCCCAAACGCACCUAAAGCCAGCAAAAAGGAAGGUUGUAAAGUGCGGAAAGUAAUUAAUGCAAAGUCCAGAUCUAAAAGGAAGAACACCUUUCACCUAAAAAUUUCAAGUAAAUUUAUUGCAGGUCUAAAAUACACUCGGGACAGGAAGAAAUCCAUGCUUAUGAACAAAAGGCAGAAAGCAGAGCUUCUGCUGGCCCAGAGCAGUGCGUUAGGAACAGAGGUGGCUCCCCAGGACACAGGUGUGGCUAGCCAGGGAAGAGGAGCCCCUGUGCCAAAAGGUGAAUUUAGUGGGGAGUGCACAACAGCAAUAAAAGAAUCCAGUUCCCCUCAGCAGCUCGCUGUGGAAGUGUCAAGUCCCCAUGUAGCAGAAACCUGUGCAAGACUGGAGCCUGCUCCUCUGUGCAUUGAAGAGGAAGCAGAGGGAUGUGGAAAGGCUGAUAUCUCAGGAGCACAGUCAGACUCCCACCCAAGUCUCCCCUUGCAGGAGCAGAGCGUGGCAGCAAUAAAAGUAGAUGAGGUUUGCAGAGGGACACUGAAAGCUGAGAACACACAAAUGUGGAUUGAGGAAGGAGAUAUCCACAAAGGCAGCUGGGCAGGUUCAAACUCAGAUCCCCCACACCCUGAGCACGGUGUGGCAAAGGUGGUAAAAGCAGAUAAAGUUAGCAGAGACACAUCUCAGCAGGGCCUACAAGCAUGUGCUGAGGGAGAGGACAACCAGCAGGACAAGAGGCCAGAUCCAAGGUUAGGCUGCCCACUGCAGGAACUAAAUGUGGCAGCUGGAGCAGUGGAUAUAACUAGUGGAGGAGCAUUUACAAAUAACAGUGUGCCAGUGUGCAUAAAGAAGGAAAAAGUCACCUGCCAGGACAUUGACAGGCAGGAAGAAAUUCAGGUAUCCAGCCCCAGUUUGGAAGGAAAAAUACCUGUCCUGCAGAAUAGGGAAACUGCUUGUGAAGUGGACCAAGGGCAGGAAGUUUCAGUCAAAAACUGUGCAAAAUUUACUGACGUACCUGCAGGGGUCUGCCCAGAUUGA